AUGUCUGAAGUCCAGAAGCCCGCCGAGGAGACGCCCGCCGUCGUCCCGGAGACCACUACCACCGCCGCUACCGAGACUCCAGCAGUCACCGAGCCAGUGGCCGCUGCAACAGCCACCCCCGAAGAGCCCGUCAAGGCCGCUGAGGAGGCUCCCGCUGCCGAGGAACCUGCUAAGGAAGAGCCUGCUCCUAAGGAGAUCACCCCAGCCACUGACGGCCAGCUUGGAUACAAGGCCCCAGGACUCGUCAAGAGUUUCCGCUUUGUCAAGAGACACUUCUGGUUCAGCGAAGAGCCCGUCGAGAGCAAGCAGCUCAUCUCCUACUUCCAGAAUGAAAAGCUUAGCUUUGCUCACCCCAACGCUGCUUGGGCCAGCCAGACUGGCAAGGGUCUUCUCUUCUUUGCCAAACGCGCUGAGGACAAGGCCAACCCUGCCGGUAUCAUCAACUUGAGUGAUGUCACCGACAUCGCCAAGGACGGCAGCAACGAGUUCAUCUUCAAGCUCCACGGCCAGAAGCACACCUUCCAGGCCACCGACGCCGACGAGCGUGACAGCUGGAUUGCCGCCAUCGAGGCCAAGUCCGCCGAAGGAAAGGCCGCCAAGGAGGAGAUCGUUGGUGGUGAGGGCUACAAGAGCGAGCUCGAGAAGUUUAGUACGUGA